AUGGCCGAGUAUCGCAGCACCAUAACCGCAAGACCGGGCUUCAAUCGGACUGGUAUUACCACAACAACAAGCUCUACUCCAUCUGGAAAUAGAGUUGUCAAAGUGGUCACCGAAAUGACAUCAUCAUCAAUGACUAGUGGUAUGUCACCGUUUGGACAAAAUGCUGCGUCUACAAUCCGUGAUGCCCGUGAACGUGAAAAGAAGGAAAUGAGUGAUUUAAAUGAUCGUCUGGCUGACUAUAUUGAAAAAGUACGCUUCUUAGAAGCUCAAAACCGUAAACUCACAGCUGAUUUGGAAAUGCUUCGUGGACGAUGGGGUAAAGACACAUCAAGCAUCCGAGCCAUGCAUGAUGCUGAACUUACCGAGGCUAAUAAGGUAGUCGCAGACACUAACAAACAGCGUGAAGAGCUUGAAGACCAAGUAAAAAAACUUCAAGUUGAAAUUGAUGAAUACCGUAAGAGACUUGACGACGCCCUCAGUGGUCGCACUGAGGAUCGCGAAAAAAUCGACGACCUUCUAAAGACUCUCUCAACUAUUGAAGCUGAAAUACUUUAUCUCAAGAGACGCAUCGGCCUGCUCGAAGAAGAAAUUUCUCGCAUCAAGAGGGAGAAUCAAAAUCUCAUGAGUGAAUUACAACGCGCUCGUACGGAUCUCGACCAAGAAACUCUGAACCGUAUUGAUAUGCAGAAUCAGGUGCAGACUUUACAAGAAGAAAUUGAUUUCAACCGACGUGUCUUCGACCAGGAAAUUCGUGAUCUUCAAGCAAUGGCUGCUAGAGACACAACGAGUGAGAACCGUGAAUUCUUCAAAAACGAACUCUCCUCAGCUAUUCGCGACAUUCGUAAUGAAUACGACCAGCUGUCGAAUGCCAAUCGUAAUGACAUGGAAUCUUGGUACAAGCUCAAAGUACAAGAAAUUCAAACUCAAUCCGCUCGCCAACAUAUUGAACAUGGGUAUCAAAAGGAAGAAGUUAAACGUCUUCGUACUCAACUUGGAGACCUUCGUGGAAAGCUUUCGGAUCUUGAAGGACGCAAUUCGCUUCUGGAGAAGCAAAUACAAGAGCUGAACUUCCAACUUGAAGACGAUCAACGAUCAUAUGAAGCUGCUCUAAACGACCGUGACGCCCAAAUUAGAAAAAUGCGUGACGAAUGUCAAGCAUUAAUGGUUGAACUACAGAUGUUGCUUGACACUAAACAGACUUUGGAUGCCGAAAUUGCAAUUUAUCGAAAGAUGUUAGAAGGCGAAGGAGAUGGGCCGGGUCUUAAACAGCUUGUUGAACAAGUUGUCAAGACCACUGGUUUGACGGAAGCUGCCGAUAAUGAGCAGAUUAGAAUAAUGAAAGGAGAAACGUCAUCUCGAACUUCGUAUACUCGAUCAGCAAAAGGCAACGUUUCCAUCCAAGAAACCGCUCCUGAUGGGAAAUACAUUGUCCUCGAAAAUACCCAUCGAUCUAAGGAAGAGCCAAUUGGUGAAUGGAAACUCAAGCGAAAGAUUGAUGGAAAGAAAGAAAUCAUCUACACCUUACCGAAAGAAUUUGUGCUCAAACCCAGCAAACACGUUAAGUCAUCAAAUGCUCUUUUGCAGAUCUGGGCUCGAGGCCAAGGGAAGCACGAGCCUCCAGAACAACUUGUGUUUGAUGGAGAAGAUUCGUUUGGCACCGGCAGCAACGUCCAAACAAUCCUUUACAACAAAGACGGCGAGGAAAGAGCGACUCAUAUCCAACGAUCGAGUCACGGUGUUAGCUAA